CUAAACAAAACCUCUAUCUCUUUAUGAACCGUACUAUGUUGUUACCGUCAAGUGCAUGAAUACCUAAUGAUAAACGAAUGUUAUCGGGAGUGAAUGUCGAAUAUAUUCUUUUCUCUCCAAGGAACGAUAUACUCGUCGGCGAUGCCGAAUAUUUACCAUAACCUAAUUUAAAUUUAUACAUGCGACAGCAGAUUCAUUAAUAUUGAAUAAGAUUACAUAAAAAAGAGACUAAUAACGAUGAGAUAAUAAUGAAAAAAAAAAUUUUGAAUAAUCGUGUCACAGAAAAAUAGAGUAUAAUUUAAAAAGUUGACUUUGUAAAUGAAAAUAACGAGAAGAACUACCAUCGACGAAAGAAACAGUGCGUGCUUUAUAACUUUUUUUCAUUUAAAAAGCACAAAAAUUGCUUUCGAUGCGGUAUUAUGCAGUCUGCAGAGUAACGUGACACAAUUUCGUUCGUGAAAUUCUUGUUAUAUUUCUUUCAAUUUUUUCUAAAAUUUUCUUCGUGCGAUACGAUACGUUCUAUAUAAAUAAAAAAUAAAACAACAUGUUUCAGAGAGAUGGGGUCAGAUUGCGCCAGCAUACUACACGCAGAUAUUCAGAUAGUAAUUCACAAGAGAAUAGAAUAAUUUCUAAGACAAAAGAUAUACUGCCAAAUGAAACUCCACAUCUUUUUUUUGUGCUUACUUUUUUUCUAUUUUUAUCUUUCAUUAUUAUUGCGUUAGAGAAAAAUUUACCAGAACCAUGUAUGAUAGAAAAUGAAGAACUUUAUCCCGGUAGAUUUAUCGCAGAGAGAGCCCGUAAUCAUAUAAUAAAUCUUACAUCUAUUGGUCCACGAAUUGUUGGGAGUUAUGAAAACGAGGUGUUAGCUGUAAAAUAUUUAACAAUAGCAAUUAAUGAAAUAGUUAAUAAGGCGCAUGAAAAUCAUAAAAUUACACUUGAUAUAACAAAGCAUAGUGGAUCAUUUCCAUUGAAGUUUUUAGAUGGCAUGACAAAUGUAUAUAGAAAUGUUCAGAAUGUUGUUGUUAAAAUUGGACCACAUAAUCCAGUAAAGCAUAGUUUAUUGAUGAAUUGUCACUUUGAUACCUUUCCAGAAAGUCCAGGUGGUUCCGACGAUGCUGCUGGAUGUGCCGUGAUGUUAGAAAUAUUACGGGUAAUGGCUUACAGUUCACAGUUGUUAAAGCAUAAUAUUAUAUUUUUAUUUAAUGGAGCAGAGGAAAAUCUAUUAGAGGCUUCACAUGGUUUUAUAACGCAACAUUCUUGGGCUAAAGAAAUCAGAACUUUUAUAAAUUUAGAAGCAUGUGGUGCAGGUGGUAGAGAAUUAUUGUUUCAAGCUGGUCCUGAUACUCCAUGGAUUUUGGAGAUCUAUUCUAAAUCAGUUCCAUAUCCAUUUGCAUCAUCCUUGGCUCAAGAAAUAUUCGAAAGUGGCAUUGUUCCUGGAGAUACUGAUUUCCGAAUAUUUAGAGAUUUUGGAAAUAUUUCUGGUGUAGACUUUGCUUGGUCAUCUAAUGGUUAUGUUUAUCAUACAAAAUUUGACACAGUAGAUCAAAUACCAUUAGGAUCUUUACAGAGAACUGGAGAUAAUAUUCUUGCUCUUGCUCAAGGAAUAAUGCUGGAGGAUUUUAUGCCAGAUAGAACAUCACAGAAUGCAGUAGAAAAUAUUGUAUUUUUUGAUUUUUUGGGUGCAUUCGUAAUCAGAUGGCCACUGUAUAUUUCAAGUACAAUAAAUGUUUUCAGUAUUUCUAUAGGAAUAUAUUCUGUAUAUAUGAAUAUGCAAAAUGCACGCAGAGAUGCCAAAAAGUUCACAUAUCUAAAGCAUUUAUUAAUGUGCAUCGCUGUUAUUGUUAGUUCAUGGCUCCUAUCUUCAUUUACAUGUACAGCAAUUGCACUAACUCUUACGAAAUUAGGAAAAGUUAUGAGUUGGUAUGUAAGACCAGCAUGGUUAUUCUUUUUAUAUGUUUGUCCAACUGUUUUCAUGUCAAUGAUUUUAUUCUUGUACGUUGGAACUCAACAAAAGAAGGAAAUAAAUUCCAUGUGGAUUUUAUAUCAAAUGUAUUGCGAUGCAUAUUCUGUUAUAUGGAUGGUAAUACUUCUCUUGUGUGUUUUACUUAAGAUAAAAUCUGGUUUUAUACCUUUACAUUGGGUUUUUUUCCCUGCUAUUGGAAAUAUAUUACGUCUUAAUUUUUUCUACAAAUGGAGAGGUUGGAAAUGGCUUUGUUACCACAUAGGCAUGCUGACUUUACCCUAUAUGCAAUCAUUUUAUUUAACAAUUGGUGCUUUGUAUCUUUUUAUUCCUAUAAUGGGACGUUCUGGCGGUAGCCUUAACUCUGAAGUUGUUAUAGCCAACAUAUUGUCAUUAUUAUUUUGCUUAUUAUUUAGUUUUAUGAUGCCUAUAGUAAUUUUAAUAAAGAAUGCAGAACGGAUUAUAAGUGUACUAACGGGAAUAUUUUUGAUAGCAAUUGGUAUAUUAAUUUUAACACCUCUUGGUUUUCCUUAUAGUGGCAAUCCAUUAUCCCCUGCACCACAACGUUUUAUGAUAGCGCACACACAAAGACAAUAUUACAAUUUUAAUGGUAGUCUUAGAUAUUCUGGAACAGGAUAUUGGCUGGUUGACUUAGAUAUGAAUAGUCCUCAAAGUGUACAAGCUAUGGUACCAGAAGUUAGUGCUAUCACACCAACAAUUAAAGAUUGUGAGAAGGAAUUAUAUUGUGGUUUACCAUAUUUAAUGCCAGUUACAACAUUUUUAUGGAAGACUAGUUGGAUAUCAGGACCUGCACCAUUUAUAAAUGUUCCAACAAAAUUAGAUCUUAUAUCAAAAAUUACUAAACAUAAUGUUACAAGCUUUACCUUUAAUGUAACAGGUCCAGAUCAUAUAGGUAUAAUUCUUUCUCCAUAUAAAGAUGUCCAUUUAGAAAAGUGGAGUAUAUCAAACAAGGAGCCAUUAAAGGGUCCUAUGUGGAAUGGCAGAGAAACUUAUUUCAUUUAUUAUGCUUGUGCCUCUGACUGUAUUCCUUAUACAUUUUCUAUUGAAUUAAGUGUAUAUUCUCUAAAAAAAGUUCCUUCUUUAUCUAUUGCACUGGCUGGUCAUACUUUGCAUGGAAAACAUCAGAGAUCCUCGAGAUUUAAACAAUUUUUGAUUCAAUUCCCACCAUGGGCUGUUAUAACACCAUGGACUGCAACAUAUACUUCCUGGGAAUUCUAAUAGAUCUAGAUUUUGAUCUAUCCAAUUAAUUGAGAAAAGAUCAUAGUGAUAUAUUAUUUAACAAUAAUAUAUAUAUAUUUAACAAACAAGCUAUGAUGGCAAUAUCAUAAUGCAGCGAAUGCAUUUACUUUGAUUGCUUUUGCCUAGAUAACAAAAAAGCCUAAGAAUAUGUGAGCAUCAUUUCAUAGUUUAUAUACUAGUCAAAAGAUGAAGUUUGAAAAUAGAGUUUAUAAUAUUGAGAUAUAUCAUUAGUUCCUUUUAUUUAUCUGGAAUAAUAUAUCACAAUGUAUGGUAUGUGAAAUGAAAUAAGUUAAAAUAAAUGAAAAUUAAUCAGUAAAAGCAAUUAUUUUUAACAUUUAUAAAUUAGUAAAUUGCCAGAUUUUAAUGAUACACUAUUUUUGAAAAGUCGAUAGUAAAAACUGUUAACAUUAUGUUAAAUUUAUAUUGUAUAAUUUUGUUGAAAAAACGAUGGACAUCUAAUAAUAAUAGAUAAUUUAAUUAAAAGUUACUUCAUGUUCGUAGAUAUGUUGUUUAUAAAUUCUAUGUUGUACGAUUUUUGCAAAAAUAAAUGCAAAAAAAAAUAUUACGCUUAACGACGGCACGGAAUGUAUUCGUAAUGUCAUAUGUUUAUUUAUUUUAUUAUAUGUAUUUUUUUUACCAUUCGAAAUAUUUUAAUACGUUUGUAUACGACAUACCUGCUGUAAACCGAUACGUUUAUAAGUUAUUAUAAGAUCGGGAAUAGGCGAUAUCGCAGGUCUCUCUUGUUUCGUAAGAGAUGUGUCAAUAUUGACAUACCGGUAUAGUAUAAGGCUAGACGAUUUUCUUCGUUAAAGAGAGUUGCAGCUUUCGUCUUGUCGUUGCAUCGAUCUUUAAAGCACAUUUAGCGAUAGUGUGUAAUUAAGAAAAUGGUUACGAUUAAGUGCUUUUAUCGACAAUUUGUCGAGCCGUCUACUAUCUUAUUUUGGUUUGUAAUUCAUUCUUUAUGUAAACAUGCGAACAUUCUUUCUUUUAAUUUAUGUGAAAAAUUAGAUAUAAAGAGAUAACGAUUAUUUCAUCGUUUUUAUGGGACAACAUUUUACUAAUAACGUUAACUGUGCCAACGUAUUGGCAUAAUGAAGUGAAAACAAUGUAAACUCGUAGAUUUUACUAAUUAAAGCGUUGUUCAAUUAAGAUCUAGCUGUAAAAUACUUUGUUGACUAGGAAUAUACCAGGUGUAACUUGUUAACGUCUACACCCAAAUCGAAGUUAAUUAUUAUUUAAAUUAUUCACACUCUUGCAACAGAUAAUAACCAGUUAUACUACAAAUAUCCCACACAUGGCCGCGAUUUCUUAGAAAAAGAAAUUUUAAUUAACAUUUCACGCUUGUUACCACCGUGACCUGAUAUUGCGCUUGAAUUUUGAAUAAAAUUUGUUAGUAAUUUA